AUAUGCAAAGCCAAACAAACUCUUCCCAACUCACUUUCUUAGUAGUCGACUACCCUAACAUUCUUUAGUUUCGGUGUUUUUUUCCUUUGCUUCUUCAUUAUGGCUCGUUCAAGCAUUGAUUGCGUGAUGCUGUCGGCAUUGCUUUUCGGUCUUGUUGCUGCACAAUCUCCAUCGCCGGCACCAGCUCCAGUUCAUUCUCCGAGUUCUCCUUCAACCAAUCCGCCAGCCAAUGCUCCAGUAGCCCAUACUCCAUCUUAUGCGCCAAGGCAUUCCGUCUACCCACCGGCUCAUGCGCCUUCACAGAUGAAGACUCCAUCGGCUUCUGCACCCUCUCCCGUUGUCCACUCUGCCCCGACUAAGUCUCCUGUUGUGGCUACAACUCCAUCGAUUUCCAUGCCACCAUCUGAUGCGCUUGCGCCAGCCGAGAAUGCUGCCGUUUUCAACAGAUUUUCUACCGCUGCGCCCGUUGCUAUUGGUGUCUUCGCUGCCGUUUUGCUCAUGUAGAGUCGAUGGCUGGUGUUUUUUUUGGUCUACGGUUACAGAGGGCUUAUCCUUGUGGUUGCCUUCAUUAUCGUUUUUCUUUUCCUUUUUUGAGUGCAUGGGUUUAUAUACAGUCGAUUAUCUGAUAGUUUGACAUUGAUGGAUCUGCCACUUCCGCUUGGCUUCAUCUUA